CUUGCUCGAGGUCCUCGCGUGGCAUCGCCCUUUCGUCCCCGUCCGCCCGCAGAUCGCCGGCCCCGGGGGAGGAUGAGGACGUCCUGUGUGGUGCUCACCGCCCUGGUGGCGCUGGCCGCCUAUUACAUCUACAUCCCCCUGCCCAGCUCCCUGUCCGAUCCCUGGAAGCUGAUGCUGCUGGACGCGACUUUCCGGGGCGCACAGCAAGUGAGUAACCUGAUGCACUACCUGGGCCUGAGCCAUCACCUGCUCGCCCUGAAUUUUAUCAUCGGUUCUUUCGGCAAGAAAAGCGCCUGGUCAUCUGCUCAGGUGAACGUGACGGACACUGACUUUGACGGCGUGGAAGUCAGAGUGUUUGAAGGCCCUGCAAAGCCAGAAGAGCCACUGAAACGCAGCGUUGUUUAUAUUCACGGGGGAGGCUGGGCCUUGGCAAGCGCAAGAAUCAGAUAUUAUGAUGAACUGUGUACAGCAAUGGCUGAGGAGUUGAAUGCUGUCAUUGUCUCCAUUGAAUACAGGCUCGUUCCAAAGGUUUAUUUUCCUGAGCAAAUUCACGAUGUUGUACGUGCUACGAAGUACUUCAUGCAGCCGGAAGUCUUACAGAAGUAUUCGGUAGACCCAGGCAGAAUUGGCGUUUCUGGUGACAGUGCUGGUGGGAAUUUGGCCGCUGCCCUGGGCCAACAGUUUAGUCAAGAUCCCAACUUGAAAAACAAGCUCAAAGUGCAAGCUUUAAUUUAUCCAGUCCUCCAAGCUUUGGAUUUUAACACACCCUCCUAUCAGCAAAAUGUGAACACCCCAAUCCUGCCCCGUUAUGUCAUGGUGAAGUACUGGGUGGAUUACUUCAAAGGCAACUAUGACUUUGUCCAGGCCAUGAUAGUGAACAAUCACACUUCACUUGAUGUGGAAGAGGCCGCGGCCCUCAGGGCCCGUCUAAACUGGAUGUCCCUCUUGCCCGAGUCUAUCACCAAGAACUACAAGCCUGUUGUGCAGGCCACCGGCAACACCAGGAUUGUGCAGGAGAUCCCUCAGCUGCUGGAUGCCCGUGCCGCCCCACUCAUCGCCGACCAGGAGGUCCUGCAGCACCUCCCCAAGACCUAUAUUCUGACCUGUGAGCACGAUGUGCUAAGAGACGAUGGGAUCAUGUACGCAAAGCGCUUGGAGAGUGCAGGUGUGGAGGUGACCCUCGACCACUUCGAGGAUGGCUUCCAUGGGUGCAUGAUUUUCACCAGCUGGCCCACCAACUUCUCCGUGGGCGUCCGGACUAGGAAUAGCUACAUUAAGUGGCUGGAUCAAAACCUGUGAAGGAGUAGGGUUUCUAGAGUGCUUGUGCCCUUCUUGACCUCCUGCACCUGCUUUGGAAAGACGUGUACUUUUCAGUCGACUCAUUUCGCCCUGUUCCCUGUGAAUUAUGGAAUCUCUAUUCCCUGCUUUAUGUUAAUUUAAUUUUUAAAAAUGCGUUGGACGAACGGAAGUGCAAAAACAUCUAAAUCUGGUUCUCCAGGUGGGCCAGUCUCUCUGUUCUUGUUUUAGCCAAACUGCUGCUGAAUACCCAUCACUGCAGAGAGCAGGACUAGGAGCUGGAAAUAGCUCUGGGUCCUGCCUUCAUCAAGAAGUUCUUUUUAGAAGAAACAGGUCCACCUCUGGAGGAUACAGUAACCUUUAAUGAGUUAAGGAAAGUGUGGGCUCUUCUUCAGUGUGCUAGAGUUUACCUUGAGUUCAGAGCACUAUUAAAUGCGUGUACUUGAAGGUCAGCGCUGGGUACCAACGGCCCUCUGUCCUUUGUGGAUGGAUGGUCUUGUUUCCUAUGGGAAUUUCGGCAAAAGUGUUCUAGCGAGAUAGCUAUCUAUAAGUCCAGUUGGAUUAUGAUGAUACUUGAAUGUUACUUUCUACCACUAUUAUUAGAAAAUAUAAGACUGCACGCAUUAGAUGUCUAUACAUUGUUGGUUUUUUGUUGUUGUUGUUGUUACGCCAUCUUUUAGGGGGGGAACUUUUGGGACCAAAUUUAUUUAAAUUUAGAAUAAAUUUCCCAUUGUAGAACAAGUAAAAACAAAUGAACCAACCUAUUGUUUUCAUAAUGAAUACUUCUGACAUAAAUUACCAAGAGCAGUGCAUAUAUAUUUGGCAUAGUCAGAAAAAAAGGAUAGGUUUAAUAUUAGUUAAAAUUAGGAAAAACAUUGGGGAGGGUCUAGUUUAUUCUUGAAAACUCAACCUUUUCACUCUCAUAGCUUUAAAAUGGGGCUAUUUUGGUAUAUAUAUAAUGUAUUGUUUAUUUUUUAAGUUAUUUAAUGUUCAUAUAUGUAGCUAGAUUCAAGAUUUUUCAGAAUAAAGUUGAUAAUGGGUAUUAAAAAUAAUAUUUUUAAAAAACUACCUGAGAAUUAUAUCCACAUGUUAAUUUGGAUAUAAAAGGUAAAAUAGCUAUUAAUACUACUAUUCAUUAGGCCUAAGUAUUUUGAUGUUCAAAUGCAUAUACAAGUUAAGAUCAUUAGAAAUUAGUAAAGUCAUCUAAAUUGAUAGUUUAUAGCUUAGGCAAGACACACACUGCUCAUUUCUGCUCUCAAUGGUCAAAGGAACACUAGCUCCUAUUCUUCUGGGUGAAGGGCAGACAUUGGCACCUGGUACCUACACUCUCAUCUCCUUCCAUCAGGUCUGGAAGUGUUAAUAGCCCAAGUUUAACUUGAUGUAAAGCCUUCACUGCCAGUGGGAAUAUCUUGGCAUCACAGGGAACUCCAAUUUGGGUGUGAGUUGAGUACCUCUGCUCUCUUUUCUGCCUCUUUUGGGGACUUGGGAGAGUAGCAGUCCAGCCAAGUAAUGAUACAAUUUAAUAGAUUUAUCAGGGGGGAGGAAGUAGAACCUUUUACUCAUUUGAAAGAUGGGCAUUUCCCACUUCUGGCAAUGAAAUAACAAAUGAAAAUUUGCAUAGUUAUUUUUUUAUUUGUUGUACAAAACAGAAGUAAAUGCAACAGUGUGUGUAUAAAAAUAGUCAUACCAAUUAGUGUGCUAAUGUACUCAGGCAAGCCACUCAACCACCUCUGGGCCUCUUUUCUCUUUCCUGUAAAUCAGAGAAUUGAUUACUUGAUCUAUGAGGUUUCUUCAAACUAUAAAUUCCAACCACUUUUGUAAGGCUGACAAACUGUGUGUAUUGACCUCUUCUUCUACAGUGUUUUUUUGUAGGUCAUUUAUUCCAUAUACACAGACAUAUGCUUCAUCAAAGCUAUUUUUUCUUAAAAAUUAGGAUUUUAGUUCUUACUCUCUUACAGCCACCCUCCUUGUUUAAUAUUAUGUGUUAUUGUUUUUUUUUUUUUUUACAACCUUUGAGGUUAUCUACCUCUAAUAAAGCAAAGAAAAUAUAAUAUAUGCACAGACUUCCUUAAAACGGCAUCUCCUCCCCCUAGGAUUAUAAGCCAAAUCCGGUAGUAAUUGUAGACAGCAGAUGAUUCCGGAUUUCUAAAGGAAUCGCUCAGAUGGAAAGGGAGUGAAAGAAAAAGGGGUAAGCACUGUUUCUGAUGAAAUACUUGAGUUUCAUUAAAGCUUUUAUAUGUGUGAUUUGUCUAAUGACUUGCACUGUGUCUCGCCUCAGUCCUCGAAAUUCUCCUUGUAGUAAUAACAGUUGUGAAUCAGGAUACACAAAACCACUAGAUACAAGAGAGGCUAUAAAGCAACCAAACAUCCGAGUGCUAAGAACUCCUCUGGGAAGCCUACAGACUUUAUGUUGAAGGUAUUUUGGUUUGGGGUGAGUUCAUUUUCUUUUAGCUUUUGUUCUUUAUUAUUUUUUUUUAAGUUUAUGCUCUGCAGAUUGAUAUAUCAAUGCUGUGGCUUUGUUUUGUUUUCCUAGUUUAUGAAAAAGUUGAUAACCUUUUUGUAAUAUAGUUGUUUGUGAAAUAUGAACAUAAAUAUAUGAAGAAAAAAGUCUUGAAGUGUAGCAAAAUAUAGUGAAGUGUAAAUUAGUCUUCAUGUUUUAUCAUUGAUUUGUGAAGAAUUUAAGACUAUUAUAUAAUUAUCUCUGUGGAUAAAAUAUUUUAUGCAUGACCUUUUAACCUUUGACUUGCUUAUUUCCCAUUGCAAAGGGGAAAGGAAAAUUUUAUGAAGGAUUUUAGCAGCACAUCUAUUUUAUAAGAUGAAAAUCCUGUAUGGAGGUAGGAAAGUGUAUGUCUGUUUUGACUCAUGUUUGGAAAUAAAAUGGCUCCGUCUGGUA